AUGGCGUCAGCGCAUGUGAUGCUGGUGGUUCUGUGGGUCGUGACGUGCCUAGCGACAGUCGCUUUCAUCCCUGCAGCACUCGCUGCAAGCCCUGACACGGAGGAGCUGUUGAACCUCAAGGCGGCGUUCAUGGUGUCAAAUCCCGAGGCGUUGCAGUCCUUCCCAGAUGACAUCGACCCGUGCAGUGCGGAGUGGCAGGAGAGGAUUAAAUGCAACGAGCAUGGCCGGAUUAUAGACCUUAAUCUCGCCAACGAGCUACUCAAAGGGCCAAUCCCAGGGCGACAGCUGGCGCAGCUGGAUGCUCUAGAGCGCCUCAAUCUGGGGUACAACUCUCUGACCGGCCCAAUUCCCAAGGAACUCGGUGCUCUCAACGGCCUCACUUUCCUGUCAUUUGAGGCGAAUCAGCUGGAGGGGCCUAUCCCGGACUGGAUGGCGCCACUGCUUCCAAAUCUCGUUGAAAUUCGCUUUGCCAACAACCAGUUCAACGACUCUCUGCCUAAAAGCAUCGGCACUCUCAAGAACCUAACCACACUGGACAUGGGCAGCAACAAGUUAUCCGGCUGGCUACCACCGCAGCUAGCCUACUGCAGUAACCUCAAACUCAUCUCUUUUCCAGCCAAUCAGCUGUCAGGUCCCAUUCCCGAGUGGUUGGGCAACCUCAAGCAGCUUGAAGUCCUGGAAAUGUACACCAACGCGCUCUCAGGCCCCAUCCCUACCCAGUUGGCUCUUGCAGAAUCCCUUCACUCCAUUGCCAUGGACGACAAUCAGCUCUCAGGGCUGCUCCCUCCCGAGCUAGGCGACCUACCCAAUCUAUCCGCCAUCUAUGUGGCGAACAACAAGCUAGAGGGCCCCAUACCGGAUGCCUACAGCAAGCUCGAAUCGCUCAUGUACCUGGAUGUGAGCUACAACGAGGGUAUAAACGGCACCAUCCCAGAGUUUCUAGGGAAAAUGUCACGCAUCCAGUCAAUAGCCUUUGAGUACUGUGACUUAACCGGCCCAAUACCAGCCAACCUGGGCGAGCUGCAGAACAUAGUCGAGAUUUUUCUGGACAACAACCAGCUCACGGGGGACAUCCCGCCGUCCCUGGGGCAGCUCGUGACGCUCAACAAGCUCUUCCUCAACCACAACAUGCUCUCGGGCGCCAUUCCUGUGGAGCUGUGCCAGCUGACCAAUAUUUAUGAUCUGAACCUGGCACGGAAUCAGCUCCAGGGGAGCAUCCCAGCUUGUUUGACAGAGCUGCCGCACCUAGCCACACUGACCCUCUCCAUGAACCUGCUUACCGGCCCAGUCCCAGACAUCAGCAGCACCAACGCUGUGAAAUUUGAGUACAACGGCAACUGCCUUGACAACGUGCCGGACCAACAGGACGUCUGCGCUGCUCCCACCACCACUCCUCCCUCCACAGACGGGACCCCCCCGCCCACGGACGGAACUUCUCCUCCCACGGACGGAACCCCCACUGAUGGGACCACUGCGAAUCCCCCCACUGCUGACGGCACUACUACUGACGGAAGCAGCACCGACGGCAGUGUUACAGAUACCACCACUGAUGCUGCUUCCCAGCAGUCGCCUCCUCCAGCUGGCGCUGCUGCUGUGUCAGUCUUUGCUCCUCCCCCACCGCCCCCUGCUAGCCAAGGAUCAACGCCAGUGCCCGGCAUAAUCACAAUUGCAGUCUUCACGACUGCCCUAAUCGCCCUCAUCGCUGCUGCCUUCUACCUCAGCCACCGCCAAGGGAACUCUGACGGCGGUAACCGCGCCGACCAGUUGCCAGUGACAGAGUACAGCUUAUCCAAGAUCAAGAAGGCAACGCGAAACUUCACCACCAUCUACGGCCGGGGCAGCUUUGGCAUGGUGUAUCUUGCAGAGGACUUUUUCCGGGAUCAGUCUGACCCACGUGCCAUCAUCAAACGAGCCCACGACCCGCAGAAGCUGGGUGAAUUCCUAUUCAAGUGCAAGGUGGAGGUGUUGGCGAGGGCACGGCACCGCUACCUGGUGAACCUGCUGGGGUACUGCGUGGGCAAGGGAGAGCGCAUCCUCGUUUAUGAGUACCUCUCUAACGGCACACUCUUCGACCGCCUGCACAGGCCGGAGCUGGAACCGCUUCCCUGGGAGACGCGAGUGAGCAUCGCAGUGAACAUAGCGUGUGCCUUGGAGUAUCUGCACCACGGCGUGUCUCCCCCACUGGUGCACCGCGCUGUGACCUCCUCCAACAUCCUGCUCGCCCACGACAUGAGCGCCAAGCUCUCCGAUUUUGGAAUAGCAAGAGGCAGCGGCGGCGCCACCUCUUCCUUUGAGGAGAAUCCAAGGCGGCAGCGCAAGUCACGGGCGGGGAGGGCGGAGCGGGGAGAGGCGAGUGAGACGAGCAUGCAGAUGGAGAAGGUGGACGUGUAUGGCUUCGGAGUGGUGCUGCUGGAGCUGAUCACGGGGCAGAAGGCCAUGAAGGAGGUCCACAUCACCAGUGUGGCCGCCCCUUUCCUGGAGGACGCGCAGAUGAUGCCUCUCAUGGUGGACCCACAACUGGGCGGCUACUUCAACCAAUCAGAGCUCAUCGAGCUCGGCACCAUCGCGCGCGACUGCGUGCAAGAAGACGCGUCCAGCCGCCCGACGAUGCGCGAGGUGCUCCAAACCAUGGAGGACCGACUCCGUCUCGACGCACACCUCUUUGACAAUCUAAACGAGGAUGAUGCGUUGCUGGUAGACGGGUACUCUGCUGCUGUUCCCGCCGCUGUGACUGCCAGUGGGAGGCGGUCGGGGGUUGGGUUUGGGAGCCUGAGGCUGAGUGUGGGGGGAGGAGCGACGAGUUCCGGGAGGCGCGGGGAGAGUGGGCGGUGGGGGGCGUCAGUGGAGAGUUUUGCGCAGUCGAUUAAGUAUGUGCUGAUGAGUCCGGGGCGGGCGGGGAGUGGGAGGGGCGGCGCGGGUGGAUUGCCGGUUGAUGACCCCCAUGACCUGGAGAUGUCUUCUUUGCUGGUCAUGAAUGCUGCUGAUGCACGGCGAUAG